AUGAUGAUGAAGUUCAUAACACUAGUUUUCAUCGCGUUUGUUAUCUCAACUAUGGCUUCAACAAAAGCAGAUGAGGAGAAAGCGGCAUGCGCUGUGACUGAUCUUAUACCAUGUCUAUCAGCAGUACAAGGCUGGAGCUCACCAUCAACCGAAUGUUGCAUGAUAUUAAAAGAUAAGCAAUCGUGUUUUUGUGAUUAUUUAAAAGAUCCACGGAUUGGUGGUCCAUAUUUGUCAGCUGCUAAAAAUAUUUUAGUGGCUUGUAAUGUACCUAUUCCUACUUGUUGA